AUGAUCCAGGUCCCCGGCUCGAUCCCUGACUCGCACGAGAUUCUAGUGCACAUCGCCGCCGCGAGCACCGCACAGGAUGACGCACGCUAUAGGGCCCAAGUUGCCGCCAUCCUGGACUUCCAGUGUGUCUCACGCCAGCCACUGAUAGAGGAGAGCAACUCCUCAGCUCCCACCAAUGCAGACCAGAUGUAUCCCUUCUCCGGCGCCGUGCAUUCCUCGGUGCUUUCGAUGAUUCAACAGGCUUCGCCAAUUUUGCGGGAGGCGCCCCGGCCCGCACACGCGACCUUAUCCUCGGAUGAUCGCUUGCUGUCAGAGAAAAAUGACCCGGCUCCACGCAAGCACAUCAUCUCAAAUUAUCCUGACUCCUUAGAGAGUCUCAUCAGCGUCAUCCCAGAUUCCCAACCCGGGAUCGCCGACGAACUAGUCCACGCCGAGCGAUCUCGUGCAGAACUAUCGCCACCAUCGCAGCUCGCUCCACUUUCUAAAAGACGUCGCACAGCCCCGCCCGAGCCCAACUCGGCUCGACCGGUUUUUAUUGCAGGUUCUCCUGCAAUGGACCAGCCCGCUGCAUCUCAGAAGGCCACCAUCGAAAACCAGGACCAUGUUCCGACUGGCUUCCCCCAAACCCCCAUGGAAAUAACCAGCGCAGAUCCGGGAAAAGGUCCAAAUGGCACCAUCACUCACCCUGCCAAUGCCUCACAUCGUAUCCCAGCCAAUACCCCUAAUCACAUCAAUCUAUCCACCCUCCCGCUAGAAAUCCACCCCCCAAGACCCCCUAUCUCCACUGCGUCGUUCACUACCCACAUAACUCCAACCCUGUCCAUGCUCACUGAGCGUCUGAAGCCAGCACGAACCUACAAACCAUCCACCCAGACCCGCUCCCUCGACCCCCUAGAACGAGGCUACUGGCAUGUGCACCUCGCCAUCGAAAAUCCCCCAACCCGAGACCGAGAUUUAGCCGAUCUUCUUCCUAAUUUAGACACAAAUCCCAAGUCUGGAACCACUGAUCCCAUUCAGACCCCAAAGUCACCGCCAAGAGAGGACACACGGACCUGGCCCUCUCCGCUCUUCUACGCCUUCUGGUCCUUCCUCUCGGACUUCGUAGGCAAGGACGGACGUGCGGGAUGGGGCGUCUGGUGCAUUCUCGAGGCGACGCCGGCCCCGUCAAAGCACUCGCCUGACACGCACGUCUCUCUUAAAGUCUAUGCAUGGGGUGAGAUCGCCAUGCACGUCUACCUUCUACUAUUCUUGGCGAGUGAGCGGCGGAUUCGUGGGAUGGGUGUUCAGUGGCGGGAUUCGCGUGAGGAGGUUGUAAUUCAGAUGCCGUAG